AUUAGCCUUAAAAGUAAAAGACUUUGAUAGGGCCGUUAGACUAUUGAACAAUCCUCAAAUCAUUGAUAGAAGACAUUUAAUAGUAAUUGACGCGGUUCCUAGUUCCUUAAAUGCCUUAAAUUUAAGGCUUCGAGCAGUAUUCAACAUAGCUUUAAGUCAUAAUCCAAUGUAUGUUGGUAUUUUCAUUGAUUUAGGACUUAAUAAUGUUGUUAUACUUUCAUCCUAUGAAUAUGACAUACAAAAUAGGGAAUUUAUGGAUGAAGUAAGAAAUCAAAUUAAUCCGAAUCCAAUUUUUGAAUAUGGAGAUAUACAUAACGUACAUGUGAAACGCCAACCUCCUGAUAACAAUCAUCUGAUAAAUUUCCCUAUUAUAGCUGGUGAAGAAUUAUAUGCUAUACGAAUUACAAGUGAUAAUAGAGAUGUUGGAGGACCCGUAUUUUCAUAUUUUAGUCCUAAUGAUGCUGGUGAUAAUCCUGAAGAAAUUUUUGAUGUAGGUUUAAAUGGUAUACUCACUGGAGCUAUAGGAAAUAUUGCCUUUAUGACACAAUAUGAAAAUAUUAAUGAAGAGAGUAAUUUAUUUCUUGUUAAUUCCGCAGGUGAACUAGUAUAA